AUGGCGAUCGAGCUCAUGUAUCGUCGAAUUCUUGUCCGAAACACCCCGCCCUGCUACUUCGGCGAAUUUGUUGAUGCCACUGAAAUUGCACUAGGAACGGAUGGGACUAUGGCCAAGGAAAACAACGAAGUCCAGAAACUGUUCGAGAGCUACAUCGCAUGUUGUUCUGCCUUUGACGAAUGGACCCCAGAGCAGAGGGCUUUGAUACCAAGAGAAAUCAUUGACGGUGCUAUGAUUUUGCUACGAAAGUUGGCAGGGAGGAGGCAUUGGCCGGGCCCAGAUACAAUGACGACCCGGCUGGAAGGAAAAUGGAAAAUGUUGGAUGCUUCUUCGUUGAGGAUGAAUACGAUGGUGGGAAGCCGAUGA